CGCUGGGGGAGGGGCGUAGCGGUGGGUGGUGCUGGUCACGCCAGUGUUUGGGGUCUGGGCGCUGCAGCUGCGAGCAGGCCGGGCGGGCCGAUGCGGACCUCAGAGCUGGCGGGAGGCGAGUGGCGGCCUCGGCGCCCGUGACUACUGCCUGCGUCCCGGUAAGACCAUGAAUUAUGGAAUUUCCUAAAUGAAGCAUUCAGGAGUGGAAUGAGAGAAUGUCACAUAGAAAAUAAAUGAUUUUUAAGUUAUGUCUAUUAAUUUGACUCUAGAUAUAUAUAUUUACUUCCUUAAUAAUGCAAGAAGUCUUCGUGGGAAACAGAGAAGCAAACAGUUGCCUUUUGUGUGUUCUAAACAGUAUUGGUGCAUGAACCAUGUCAGUGUGCAGAGAGAGUUUCACACAAGUAAGAAAAGCUGUAAAUGGAAUAGAAGUGAAGCACAUUGCAGCAAACACUGGCGCUCUCCAAGCAACCAUGGCUUUCACAUUGGAAUUGUGAGACUUAGCACUUCUGCUCCCAAGGGACUUACAAAAGUGAGCAUUCAUAUGUCCCGUAUUAAAAGUACUUUGAAUUCAGUUUCAAAGGCUAUUUUUGGCAGUCAAAAUGAAAUGGUUACACGGUUAGCUCAAUUUAAGCCAAGUUCUCGAAUAUUAAGAAAAGUAUCAGAUAAGGGAUGGUUAAAACAAAAAAAUGUUAAGCAAGCCAUCGAGUCUCUGAAAAACUAUAGUGAUAAAUCAGCAGGAAAGAAUUCUUUUGCAGAACAGAAAAGUUACUUUGCAGAUAAAGAAGAAGAUUCAGGUAAACCUAGCCUUUUCCAUUACACAUACGGUAUAACCACCAGAUUUGGAGAGUCAUUCUCCGUUUUAGCGAGUCAUAUUAAUUCCUAUUUCAAAAGCAAGGAAAAAAUGCCUCAAACAAAGGAAGAUAAACAGCUUCAGGACAAGCCAGACCUUGAAGAAAGGAAAUCCAGUUCUCCAGGCCCUGACACCGUGGCAGACAGGCCAGACUUGGAAUCCCCCCUAGAUGUUAAAGACAAACUUUCCAGCCCAACCCAGAUGCCUGAGGCUCACCCAGUGUCUGCAAAACAAAGUAUUGCUAACUUCCUUUCUCGUCCCACUGAAGGCGUACAAGCCUUAGUCGGUGGUUACAUUGGUGGACUUGUACCCAAAUUAAAGUCUGACCCCAAGAGUCUGCCUGAAGAACAGGAAGUGCCUGCUAAAACAGAGCAGGCUGUUAGCAAAGACAAGAAGGCAGAGGAGAAAAAGCGCGUGCUACUUCAGCAAGAAAAGAUUAUUGCAAGAGUGAGUAUUGAUAACAGAACUCGAGCCUUAGUUCAGGCCUUAAGAAGAACAGCCGACCCAAAGCUCUGUAUUACUAGGGUUGAAGAACUGACUUUUCAUCUUUUAGAAUUUCCUGAAGGAAAAGGAGUGGCUAUCAAGGAAAAAAUUAUUCCAUAUUUAUUACGGCUGAGACAAGUUAAGGAUGAAACUCUUCAGGCUGCAGUUAGAGAAAUUUUGGCUUUAAUUGGUUAUGUAGAUCCAGUGAAAGGCAGAGGAAUCCGAAUCCUCACGAUUGAUGGUGGAGGAACAAGAGGUGUGGUUGCUCUCCAGACUCUGAGGAAGUUGGUUGAACUUACUCAGAAGCCGAUUCAUCAGCUUUUCGAUUACAUCUGCGGAGUAAGCACAGGGGCCAUAUUAGCAUUUAUGCUGGGAUUGUUUCACAUGCCACUGGAUGAAUGUGAGGAACUCUAUCGAAAGUUGGGCUCGGAUGUGUUCACACAGAAUGUCAUUGUCGGGACCGUCAAAAUGAGUUGGAGCCAUGCGUUUUAUGACAGUAACACGUGGGAAAAGAUCCUUAAGGAUAGAAUUGGAUCUGCACUAAUGAUUGAAACAGCAAGAAACCCCGCAUGUCCUAAGGUAGCUGCUAUAAGUACCAUAGUAAACAGAGGACAAACACCAAAAGCUUUUGUGUUCAGAAACUAUGGUCAUUUUCCUGGCACCAACUCUCACUAUUUAGGAGGCUGUCAGUAUAAAAUGUGGCAGGCCAUAAGAGCCUCAUCAGCUGCUCCAGGCUACUUUGCAGAAUAUGCGCUGGGGAGUGAUCUUCAUCAAGAUGGAGGUUUGCUUCUGAAUAACCCUUCGGCCCUGGCCCUUCAUGAAUGUAAAUGCAUCUGGCCAGAUACCCCACUCGAGUGUAUAGUAUCCUUGGGUACAGGACGGUAUGAGAGUGAUGUGAGGAAUACCUCAACAUACACGAGCCUGAAGACCAAGCUCUCUAAUGUUAUCAGCAGUGCUACAGAUACAGAGGAAGUCCAUAUCAUGCUUGAUGGCCUGUUGCCUUCUGACACGUAUUUUAGAUUUAAUCCUGUGAUAUGUGAAAACAUACCCCUAGAUGAAAGCCGGGAUGAAAAACUGGACCAGCUUCAGCUGGAAGGGAUGAAGUAUAUAGAAAGAAAUGAUCAAAAGAUGAAAAAAGUUGCAAAAAUAUUAAGUCAAGAAAAAACAACUCUUCAGAAGAUCAAUGAUUGGAUAAAAUUAAAAAGUGACAUGUAUGAAGGCCUUCCAUUUUUUUCAAAAUUGUGAGUAGGGUACACAUGUGUUCUCAUAAGUGAAGGCCAUCAAAAGAUCCACCAGUUUAGAGAGAAACGGUGUGAUUCAACAUGAGUUUUCUAUAGGACACUUAGUGAGUUAUCCUGAAUCAGAUAAUGCUUUGAACAGCUCGAUCCUCAUGGAAGAUAUGAUUGGUAACACAAGUUAUGUGGGAAUUAGGUAUUAAGAUGUUCAUAACCUUUAGGCAUUUUAUUACUGUGCUAGUGGUUUUAGUAUCUAUUGGUCUUAAGUUGUUUACUGUUUGAAUGUUGUAAUAUAUGUGCCAAACAAGAAAUGGGGGAUGUUACACUUCAGCCUUUGCUUUUACUCGUUUCAAUCAUGUGGAAUUUGUGUGACUUGAUUUUCUUUCAUGUCUUUCCAUUUACACUACUUAGCAUUUCACUAGGUGCGCCCACAAUCCAUGUGUUACUUUUCACUGUAAUAAUCACUGAAAGAGAUAUAGGAAAUGGGAUUUUCUUUAUUAAAAUACAUUUAUGUUUGAAAUAUGAAAAAACUGGACAGUUUUCUAUUCAAAAAGAUUGAAGAAUUUCCAGUGAACUAACUUUUUCUUGAAAUUUCAAGAUAAUGUUCACUUUUGUAGAUCAAAUGCUCUUAUCAUUUCCUGUUACAGAAUUGAUUAUUCAAUUUUACUGAGAAAAUAUUCUUAUCAUUAACAAAAAUAAAUUAUUGAAGUGACCAAUUGUUCAAGGCUAAUGCCAUUUUAACGUUUUUAUUUUAAUUGCUCAUAAUGGUUGCCUGGUUUCUUGUAGCAUUUAUGAAGAAAUAUUAGUCUAGUUAGAUUUACAAAAGUUGAACAUGGUGCCAUAGGUAUUAUUCACUGUAUUAUUUCCCUUGUAAAUCUUUAUAUUGAAUUGAAAAUUUUUAUGAAAAGUUAAUCAAGGUGUAUAUCCUUUGCUUACUACACAUAACUAACAGUGCUGCUUCUGUUGUCAUAGUGCUUGUGAGAGCGGGGAGUGGUUGAGAAUGUGGGAGGUAGUCGGCUGAGUAGCCAGCCCCUGUGCAUGACCUUGAAGACAGUGGACAGCUUGUAAGAUUCAGCUCUUUGAUUCAUAAAAGGACGAAAGCUAGUUGUCAAAUUUCGUUUCUUCUCCUUUAUUUUUUAAGAACUAGAUCAAUAAGCUCCCAGUUAUUUCAGAAGAUAAUCUAAACACUUCCUUUUAGCUUUUAAAUACAAACAAACUUCUAUGUAACCAGACUGACUUAUGAAAAAUAGAAGCUAAUGGUAAUCUGCACGGUCUGGGAUUCUCUGUGAUAGCAGAUUUCAAGCACAAGCUACUCUGUGGCCCAUGUGAGUGUGCUCUUGUUCUCACCUGGUAUAGAUAGUUCAUGCUUUGCCACCUAAAUCCACUCUUCCUGGUUUGUGCUUUGCGAGUCAUUGCUAAGGGUACUCAGGUCGGGCCACAGUGUUUUUGUUCAGCCACAUAUUGGGUGCCACGUAUGAACUUUCCUUCUAACAAAGCAUGGCCAUUUGUAUGUUAUACAGGGUUUUGUUUAUUCUUGUCUCCAUUGGUAGCUGAUACUGGUUAUCCAAAGAACUGAGUAAGUCCCUGAUACAACCUUUAUUUUAUAAAGAAGGAAGUGCUCUUUGCCCAAAAAUCAUUCUAAAAGCAGCCUAUAAAAGAGAGACAUAGAAAUGAGUUUUUAGUCUUACGCAGAUUAUGAAGUAUUAUUUUGAUCUCAGACCUUGCUGACUGUUUGAGAAAUCAAUUUUUAAAAAUAAAUAACAGAUACUAUUCUUUAUUAAGCAUCAAAACUUGGAGUUGUCUGUAGAGGCCACAGGAGUAGAGAGUACUGUGGCUAGGUCAGAGUCAGCACUGCUCUCCUCCCUCCCUUCCUCCCUCCCCCAAUACCUUUUGAUCCAUGAGAAAUUAGACAUCAUAGAAAGCUUUUGACUGGAAAAGAGGUCGCAAAAGCCUGAAUGCAUUCUGAGAGGUUUCAGGACUCUUCCAACCUUGGUAACAGGAGGGAGCAGCUCACAGUCACUUUCCUUCCUUUUAUUCAUGAUACAGCUUGCAGACAUAGCUAGGACCCUUAAAAUUUGAGAUCCAAAAUUUGUCCUAACUCACUGUGUACUAGAAAUAGUUUUAAUCAUAGCAGGGAAUGGUUGAGCACGCCUGUAAUCAAAACACAGGAAAAGCUGCAUCAGGAUGAUCAGGAGCUCAACACUAGCCUGGGACCCAUAACUACUCUGAGUUAAGCUCAACUACAUAGUGAGUUCUGGGCCAGCCUGGGCUACAGUACAAAGUCCUGCAGUAAAACUCAACAGGUAAACCGCUUGCUGCCAACCUCAUGCCUUUUGGUACCUGGAGACCCACAUGCUGAGAGAACCAGCUGCCAUCAAUUGUCUCCUGACCUCCAUAUUUGCGUUCUGACAUGUGCCCCACACAAAUUUAAUUAAAAAGAGAGAGAAAAGGACAGAGCAGAGAAGGCAUGAGGAAAGAAGGAGAGGACUAGUUAUAAUCUAUAGGAAGUAUUCCACAAGCAUCAGUUGGUAGUAGCUUGACUAAGCAUAGCAAACGCGUGCAUGCAUACUCCAUACCAGGAAAGGGGCUAAGGACGUUUCCAUUUGAGCAAGCUUGAGGCAAGUGUUGUUGCCUUCUUAGACAAAGCUUUUCAAGGUACCAGGACUCAGAAAGGUAGAACAAGGGCUAUUGCACACUCUCAUCAAAACACUGUCUUUAACUAGAAUGUACUUCCUGGAAUGUUGUAGAGUGGCUUCAGAUGCAGCUUAGGGAACUGAAGAUGGAUGAUGUGUUUAGCUGGUGAGGGAAUGUUCUUAUCUCGUCCAUGUCACCUCAGUCUUUUUAACCUCAGCUUUUUACAAAAGCAAAUUGUCUCAAUGUUCAGUUUUGUUGCUGUAUCUUGGGUCUUUUUUGUAAGUCCCCAGGGCUUUGUGGUUCUAUAUUGUACUCUACUGGUUCACAGCUCUAAAAGGACUCAGAAAUCCAUGGAGAGGGGGUGGGGGUGGGGGCAAAGGAGAAGACGCCUGAGCUUUCCUACCCAGUUCGCCAACAUUGCAGUCUUUCAGAGGGAACUUCCUGUCUAGAAAAUGACUAAUACAUUUCUUAUACAGGAAAUUGAAGCUGUCCUCUGGGCAGUUAGGAUACAUAAUCCAUUUGGAAAAUUCCAUGUUGGUCCCAUCCCAACAGACUCUUUUCUCAUUCAUUGCUCUGUGUUCUUUUCUGUUAUUGUUUCCUGCCAAGUUUAAAUACAACAGACUGUUCUUUAAUUUGACUUUUUUGAAGCAAAUCUAUGGCAGUUACUCUUUCAUGACAAAGAAAUAGGAAACACAUCAAAAAACAGUUUGUUCUGUUCCUGGCAGGAGUUAUCCACACUCCAACAAAGAGUUUCCAGACUACAGAUGCUCCUGGGCUAGACUGUUUGCAUGUGUUGGUCCACCGCUUUGAUAAGUAUGUCUGUUAGAAGUCACACUGAUUGCUUUGUUCACUCUAACUUCCAUUCAACUGAUAUGAAGAGUUUCAGAUUCAUCACACCCCACAAAUAUGCAUGAAUAGUUUGGUUAAUUGGUUUGUUAAAAAUAUAUUAUUGGACCAGUGCGAUGGCUCAGUGAUAGGCACCUGCCAUCAAGCCUAAUAAUCUGAUGAAUUCCAAAACCCCACAAAGAAGAGAACUAGCUCCUACAGAUUGACCACACUGGAUGCAUGCACAUGCAUACAAAUGUGUUCAUGCUUGCACACACAGUUAAAAUAAUAAACCAGGUGUGAUGGUACAGACCUGUAUUCAUACCAGUUAGAAAGCAGAGGCAGGAUAAUCACGACUUCUCAAGGCUAGUUUGGGCUACAUAGUGAGUUUAAAGCCAAUUUGAACUAUUCGAGGCUCUACUUCAGGAAAAAAAAAAAAAAAGUAAAGCAACUAUUGACUGUAAUGUUGAUUUUUCUUCAUUAUAAAAAGCUGUACUUUUUACCUCAUUCUUUACUUUUAGACAGUACAUACUGUGCUAUAUGACAGUUAAUAUUGUCAAUAGAGUCUAGAAUUACCUAGGAGGUAAUUCUGUGAGCAUGCCUGUGACGGAUCAUCUAGAUUAGGUUACUUGAGAAAAAGCCCAUAACUGUGGUAGCACCAUUCUACGACCUGGUAUCCUGGACUCAAGUACAAGAAGCUGAACCCUAGCCUUCACCACUCUGCUUCCUAGCAGCAGCUUCACUGUGACUAUAGCUGCUUCAUGCAUCUGCCUCAGUGCCAUCCUGAACCAUGAUAAAAAAGGCACUCAAUUAUGCGCUAAAAUAAACUCAUCUUUAAGUUGCCUUUUUCUGAUAGUUCGUUGCAGCAGGCAAGUCAGUAAUAUAGAUACAUUCUAGAGGUUACAAUCUGAUUCAAUAUGAACAGGUUAGGUGGUCAAAAAUGGUUGAUAGUCUAAUAACUGACAUUUAAAACAGUCUUUACAAGAACCUUUCAAAGUAUAAGUAUCACCACUAUGCUUGAUCUGUGGAGCAUCACUGAGAUGAAAGUAAUACAAAGUAGUUUUUGACUGUUUUCUCAAUGCCAUUGAGAAGUUGAAACCCUAGUAUGAAUGUAUCUGUAGUAGUCUUUCAAAAAUUCAAUACUGGCCAAGCAGUGGUGGUGCACGCCUUUAAUCCUAGCACUUGGGAGGCAGAAACAGGUAGAUUUCUGAGUUCGAGGCCAGCCUUGUCUACAGAGUGAGUUCCAGUACAGCCAGGGCUGCACAGAGAAAUCCUGUCUCAAAAAACAAACAAGCAAAAUAUUAAAUACUGUACCUAAGAUUAAAAAUAUUGUCAUAUCCUUUCAGCUACUACAGUAUCAACACACUUAAAUACCUAAUUUAUAAAUGUACUUUGAUGAAAGUAGAAAUAUAUCUCUUUUAUAGAAGAAUAAAACUCUUAACAGAGGAUGGAGAAGGUGGCUUAAUAUUUAAGAGCACACACUGAUCUUCUAGAAGGCCUAAGACAGUGAAUGAAUGGGUGAAUGAAUGAAUGAAUGAAUGAAUGAGAAUCUUUGCUAGGCAUGGCAAAUGCCUUUAAUCCUAGCACUCAGGAGGCAAAGACCUCUUGAGUUCUAGGCCAUUCUGGUAUAUAUAAUCAGUUCCAGGACAGUCAGAGAGCUGCAUAAUAGAGGGACCGUCUUUUAAAGUAAAGCAAACAAAAACAGUCAACAAGUACUCUCUUCUUGUAGCAUAUACUACUACUAUGUUUGUGUGAAAGACAAAGUGGUUGACAAUAAUCUAAAAUAAUCCUGUUAUCUGAGAAGAGGGGGCAGGCAUAGCAUAGCAUCUUAUUGAAUGCCUAUUAGGUGUAGUCCUAGCUACAUAAGGAAGAAAAGAAGAGAGGCAAAGAAGGCCAUAUCUUGACAAACUAAAAUAUUAAGAAAAUUAAAAAGGGAUCAAAUAUUUUAUAUCAAGAUAAAUAGCUUUGGUUUUCAUCUAUAAUACCUUGCUAAGCAAGGGUUUUAUCUUUUUCUUUUCUACUAUUGAAUUAUUCCUGAAAAAAAAAAAAGUAUUCUAGGGUAACAUUUUGCUUUUGUGUUGAUCAUAUGACCACUCUGAAGAAUUCUUAAUAAUUGCUCAAGUUGAAAAAGUAAAAGCCAAAGAAGUUUAUACCCGUCUCAGGUUUUUAGAUUAGUCUUAACAUGCUUCAUUCUUCUACAGUGCUAGUAAAGUUGCGUCGUUUAGAACUAGCUUGCUUGUUCUAUUCUCCGUCACUGAAGCCGCAUUCUUCUACAUCACAGGUGCUGUUUCUUUGGCGGUUUUGGAUGACCGUGUCUGAUAUCAGGAUACAAUUAAUCCACACACAUCUAAACAUGCCCUAUAUCCCUUAAAAUGCUUGAUUAUGUGGGAAAUGCCCAGUGCCUAAUGCUGAGAACUAAUGAAGCAAUGGAAUGUUAGAAUAUAAUGAUGAAUUAAUUGUAUGUUUCAAGUGUUCUGGUAAAGUGAAGUUUACCUAGGAGUUAAACUUAUAUUUGCUUCUUCAUGGCUCGUUAGGCCACUUUCUACUACUCACAACUACUCAAAAAUACUCUUAUUUCCCUUCUCAAGGGCUCCAGUCUAGUGUACUAGGCUCUACCAUACACUCUCUCACACAUAAAUACACAUAGGUAAAAAUUGGAAGUGAAGAUCUGCUAAUGAGAGAGUAUGUGGUGUUCACCUUUCUGAGCCUGGGUAACCAAAAAUGAAAUUUGUACUCAUCAGUAAAUAACUAAGACAAUUAUUUUUAUCUCAUUACGUUUCCAGUUCAGCUUGCCACAAGCCUUUUGGAAGUAUCUCAUGCCUCUUCAGCACUGCCACAUGUGUUCUAGCCUUUUGUCUUUUUCUUAAGUUUGGCUAAACCAAAUCAUCCGCUUUGUACUAUUAUAGAGAGCUGGACCAACUAAAAUGCCUUUGAAACUAUUUCUGUAAGUGAAACUUGUUUCCUAUGCUGGGAGGUGGACUCAUGGCUGGGAUCUCUUCCUUCUCUAUAGAAAGUAUCAAAAGAUUACUGGCCUGUCACUGUCCUUUCACCUUUAGUUUCAACAGGAACUCAGAUAGAGCCCAUUGAGCACAGAACAAAAGGUUUCUUUUAUUUGAAGACUGAGUUGUGUUCUCUCACUCUGUGAGCAAUAUCUACUCAUUCUAAAAAGCCUUCUUCAAGCAUGUUUCUUGUCCUAUUGUUUAGCCAGACAAGGCCAGCAGAUACUCCACAAAAACUUGUGCAAAAUUCAUAACUAAAUAAGGUCAAAAUCAGUGGCCUCCCAGUUCAAGACCUGUUCACUGCUUUUCAAGUAAUAAGGACUGUUUGGAAGAUGGGGUGGGGAGUGGGAUGCCAUUACUAAGGAUUGACCAUAGUGGUAAUUUGCACUUUUUUACAUUUAUUACACUUGUUUAGUCUGGGUGAUGGCAUAUAGCUGGAGUUGGUUCUUUCCCUUCCAUCAUGUGGAUUCUAGAAAUGGAACUCAGUAUACCACCUUUAACCACUGAGUCAUCUUACCAGCCCAAGAGGUGUAUUUUGGUGGACUUGCUUUUAUUUUCGUAAAAUGGAACUUCUUGUUAUCUAAAUGAAA